AUGCCGCCUGCGUGGACCGGCUGGGCCCCCUCUCUGGGUGAGUUCAGGGGGAUAGGGCUGCGCCCCUUGUUUGCACCAUCAGCUCCCCUGGGCCCUGACCUAAGCCGGGCGCCGAGGUUACCUGACUGGGACGCUGGCUCCAGGCUCCAAAAACAGUCGCUGCUUCCCCGUCUGCUUCAAUACACCCCAGCUCACUUCUGUCUGUUUGCCCUCUUCACUAUGAUGUUCCUUGUUACCCUGAUUGGAAACAGUCUCCUGAUUCUGCUAAUCCUGGUAGACCCCCACCUUCAUACUCCUAUGUAUUUGUUUCUGUGGCAGCUGUUUCUCAUAGACACCUUGUUCACACUUGCCGUUGUCCCCAAGAUGUUGAUAGACUACCUUCUGCACAGGACAGUCACCUCUGUUUCUGGAUGUGGGAUCCAGAUAUUCCUGGGGUUAGGCCUGGGAGGGACUGAGUGUAUCCUCUUAGGCCUUAUGUCCUAUAACAACUAUGUUGCCAUCUACAAGCCCCUACACUACCCUCUCAUUAUGAACUGGCCCUUCGGCCAGCAGAUUGCUGUUAGCUCAUGGACCAGUGGUUCUAUUGAUGCCUUGAUAUAUACAGUCUACAUCACGAGUUUCCACAUUUGGGGAAACAGAGAAAUUCAUAAUUUUUAUUGUGAACAUCCCGGAGUCUUGAGACUCUCCUGUGAGGACACCUUGUCCUAUGAGACUGGGGAGUUGAUCAGCACCACCAUUCUGCUUGUUAUUCCAUUUUCAGUCAUCCUUGCUUCAUACUUGCUCAUCCUGAUCACUCUUAUUCAAAUGGCUUCCACUGAGGGACAGAAGAAAGCAUUCUCCACUUAUUCCUCUCACUUGACUGUGAGUUCAGACAUGAUUAAACAUGUUGGUACUUAUACUCUUGCGGAGAGAGAAUGA